UGCACCGCAUGGGCGGGUAAUACUAAUGCGCGUGUACAUGUAGAUCAAUUAGAAGAAGCUCACGGCUGGUGGUCAAACCGCUGACAGAACCUCCUCAACACAACUGAAGUAGCCUAGUAGCCUAUAAACAGUAGCUGAGCACAGCGCGCGCGCAGGUCACACGCGCCAUUGGAUGCUUAACUAUGGGUGACCCUUUUAACAGCAGCAGCAGGGUGUUUAACCGAACCCUUCAGGGUCAUGUCACUUUUGGAAAUCUGGAGGACAUUGACGUGACUGCGGACAGGAGUCCGGUCUUGAGGAUCAUGAUCUCCGUGGUGUACAUUCUCGUGUGCGCAAUAGGCUUAUUUGGGAAUUCGCUCGUCCUUCUCAUCAUGAGGGUGAAACAUUGCAAACAGAGGACCACCACCAAUGUGUUCAUCAUUAACUUAGCUGUCACAGACAUCCAGUUCGUUCUGACAUUACCGUUUUGGGCGGUGGAUACCGCUCUGGAUUUCAGCUGGCCGUUUGGAGACGCCAUGUGCAAGAUCAUCCUCUCCGUCACUGUGAUGAACAUGUACGCCAGCGUCUUCUUCCUCACUGCUAUGAGCAUCACUCGAUACUACUCCGUUGCUUCAGCCACCAAGAGCAGAGUCCGACCCCCAGCAUCGUGCUCUGUCAAGUGGGUUUGCGCGUUUUUGUGGGUCGUUGCCACAGUCGCCACCGCGCCAACAUCCAUUUUCUCCACUGUGACAAUCGUGGCUGGAGAGAAGCUCUGUUUACUAAAGUUUCCCGCCGGACACUACUGGCUAGCAUUUUAUCAUUUGCAAAAAAUUAUGAUCGCUUUUAUUCUGCCCAUGUUGAUCAUUUCCGUGUCCUAUUUGUUGCUUCUGAGAUUUGUGAGAAAACGAAAUCUGAGUAACACUCAUUCAAACCGCAAGAUUCAUGUUACCAAAUCUAUCACAGUUGUGGUUCUUUCAUUCUUUCUUUGCUGGAUGCCGAACCACGCAAUUACAUUUUGGGGUGUGCUGGUCAAGCUGAACGUGAUUCACUGGGAUGAGGCUUAUUAUAUUGUCCAUACUUAUGUAUUCCCUGUGACUGUUUGCUUAGCGCAUACUAAUAGUUCAUUAAAUCCUUUUAUUUAUUGUCUUACGAGAAGGGAAUUGAGAAAGAAACUGAAAAAUUGUCUGUCAAAUAUUGCCCCUUGGUUAUUCAAAAGGUCUCUUUAGAAAUCUAGAAGGCCUGCGUGAACUGAGAUGCGGCACAAACGCAUGGAAAUUAAAAUUGCAGAUCGACUAAUAAUAUUUAUGCUGAAGCAAUGUGUACAUUUGAAUGUUUAAUUGACACAAUUAUAGUAAAAUAAUUAUCAUAAAAAUAUGCAAUAUU